AUGAUGCAUCAAUGUUGCAUUUAUACCUGCCAGGUGCCGGUUUCUUCCAAACAUCUUCCUCUUGUCUCAAAGGCCGAACCUGUGGAGUUAUGGAAGCACUUUCUUAGAGAUAAUCAAGGCUACGUUCUUGCAGGAGCAAGAUUUCGAAAAUUCACUUAUUCGGAACUAAAACUUGCAACAAAAUGUUUUAGUCAAGAGAUUGGAAGUGGUGCUGGAGGAACUGUGUAUAAGGGUUUAUUAUCUGAUAAUAGAGUUGUGGCUAUAAAGAGACUGCAUGAAGCAAACAAAGGAGAGAGUGAAUUUCUUGCUGAAGUUAGCGUCAUUGGAAGGCUUAACCACAUGAAUUUGAUUGGUAUGUGGGGGUAUUGUGCAGAGGGAAAACACAGAUUGUUAGUUUUUGAGUACAUGGAAAAAGGUUCUUUAGCGGAUAAUUUGUCAUCAAAUGCACUUAAUUGGGGUAAGAGGUAUAAAAUUGCUCUCGGAACUGCAAAGUGUCUUGCAUAUUUACAUGAAGAAUGUUUGGAGUGGAUUUUGCAUUGUGACAUAAAGCCGCAAAACAUACUAAUUGACUCUGAUUACCAACCCAAGGUAGCGGAUUUUGGGUUGUCUAAGUUACUACAAAGGAACAAUCUUGAUAAUUCAAGUUUCUCAAGGAUGAGAGGAACAAGAGGUUACAUGGCACCUGAAUGGAUUUUCAACUUGCCAAUCACUUCCAAGGUAGAUGUUUAUAGCUAUGGAGUUGUGCUGCUAGAGAUGAUUACCGGGAAGAGUGCAAUGACAAGUAUCUUAAUCACAGAUGGAGAAAAGACUCAUAAUGAGAGUUUGGUAACAUGGGUGAGAGAGAAAAGAAGGAAAUUAUUAGAAAUGAAAUCUUUGGUUGAACAAAUAGUAGACCCUACAUUGGGAUCAAAUUAUGACAUGGUUAAAUCGGAGACUUUGACAAUGGUUGCUCUAAAGUGUGUUGAGGAAGAGAAAGACAUGAGACCUAACAUGAGUGAAGUUGUUGAAAUGCUUCAAACUCAUGAACAUGAUUCUUGAUGAUAUGCACAAACUAAGAGCCAUCUUUGAUGGUUAUUAGUUUUCAUGUUUAUCUUUCUCAAUUCAAUUCAAAGUCAUGGACAUAAUUCUUGA